AUGGACGCCUUCUUCAUGCAAAACAACCUGGACUGGCCUCCAAUAGGCAUGACGACGGACGGUCUGGACAUGAUGACACCGAAAUACCCCAUGAAGGAUUCUAUUCCACAUAUCCACCACACAGAACCCGACCUCGGAGCGGUACCUAUGAUUCAGACCUUUUAUGAGGGGCCACCCAAAUGCGAUUGUUGUUCAAAUUGGAUCGAAAAGGCACCAGUCCAGUUGCCCGAGGAUGCCAAAGAACGAUAUGACGGAGCUAGCAUUCGAGUGUUCAAGACAAAAGACCACGAUUCGCACUUGGCAAGGAUAGGUGGUCUUGUCGCGGUGAAGGAUGAUACUAUCGAGCUGCAAGGCAAAUUAUUGGUCAACUUUCUGCGACCAAUUUUGGCUGAAGUCGGGUUUAUUCCACCCCUAAAGACCAAGAUCAUCUUCAAAGCACCGUUUCGUGAACUUUACUUCGCGUAUGGAAAGAUUGUGCAGGCCGCUACGACGCUGGACGAUACCAGCGACGUCAGACGCCAUGUUGGAGUGCUCCUGACAACCAUCGGGGAGAUCUUCGCCGACACAGUGAAACAAGUCACAGAUCUACUCAGCAGACAGUUCAUAACAUUCGAAUAUCUGUGGACGUUAUUUCCGAAGCACGCCAUGGUGUACUUAAAGGAACUCGGAGGCAACCGUGCGUACGAAGUCACUCGUACCGAGUAUAUCGAUACCAAGCUCAUCUGGAGAGAAAAAGCCAAAAAUGAACGUGUGUCUAAGCCUGACAUGUUCCAGGUUAAGUUCAGAAGUUUUAUGUUCGACGGCACAAACUUUGGGGUUACAGAGGCUGUUGAGAAUAUAUACAAGUUCAAGGGUGUUCGGCGCAUCACUUCCCUCGAUGUAUAUCCGCUGGACCAUCAUUCCAAUCCAAACAUGCGGCUCGAAUGCUAUCUUCGAGGGCAGAGAAUUCUCGACAUGCAGGACAUGGUUUAUUGCUGUUACAACGGACCAGCGACGAAGACUUCUUUCGGACGCGGCGCGACGAGACAUGUUGGUGGGAGGGUAAUCGCCGACCCGUAUGGGGCCCGAAAAUUCAUGGUUGAAGGAGGAACCAGCUAUGUUGAUGCAGGAGAGCCAGAAGAGCAAUCGCAGACUGAAGAAUCUCAGGGCGACAGAGAGCAGACUAAAGCGUUGCCCCGAAUCAAGAGCCGAUCACGACGUCCAAACGAAGAAGAACAAAUCAGAAAUCGUGACUUUUUCCAGGCGAAUCAACAACACCUCAUCACAAUGAAUCCAAUCAUCGAGGCAUACUCGUUGUCCACUAACGAAUGGAUCAAGUGCGAUCUGGAUUAUUUCGAGCCCAUCAAAUGGAACGCUGCCGCUUUCGAUCACCUUGUUCUGGAUAAGGACUACAAGGACAUCCUGAAAACGUUCUCCCAUACACACAACGAAGCCAGUGGAAAGGUUGAAGGUCUCAUUGCGGGCAAAGGAGAUGGUCUGAUCGUGCUCUUAAGCGGCUUGACCGGAACUGGGAAGACCUUGACGGUCGAAGCAGUGGCCGACGACCUCAAGAAACCACUCUUCAGACUUCAACCGGACCGUCUAGGGUCAUCUCCCGAGUCGAUAGGUAAAAAGUUGAACGAAGCGUUCGACCUUGCUCUUCAUUGGAGAGCUAUACUCCUGCUCGACGAGGCUGACAGUCUACUCUCGAAACGAUCUUUGCAAGGAGGCGCCCGCAACGAAGUGGUCGCCGUCAUGCUCCGCCACCUCGAAUACUACAGAGGUAUCAUGUUCAUGACGACCAACCUGUUCGACGAUAUUGACCACGCAGUCCGUUCCCGAGUUCGGAUACACAUUCAAUACAAUGCUCUUUCGACCCAGCAUCGCUUAAGUCUGUGGAAGAUGUUCCUUGCUCCGUCAAAACUUGCCUCCAAAACGUCGUUUGCAGGUCAAGUCGACAAUCUUUCGCUGGACCUUUCGAAACAGGAUUGGGAGCAGCUUGCCGCUUGGAAGCUCAAUGGACGGGAGAUUGAAAACAUCGCAAAGAAUGCCAUCAUGUGGUGCGGAGCAAGAACCUAUAUCAUCACAGUGGAUAGACUGGAGAAAUUGAUACCACUCACAACUCCGUUUGCAGAGAAGGAGACUUGUGAGCUGGAGUCGGCGUCUGAUUUGGAUUCGCAAAGUCAGCCCAGAAAACGAGCUCGGACAGCCAAGGUCUGAGGCCGGAAAGAGCCAAUAGUUCCAUUAGAAGACUUUGGAUUUAUUUAAAGAAGCUCC